UAUGCCUGUAUUUAUAGUCAGGCCCAUGACAUCCUGUCAUGAACAGUUAUACAAGGACGUGCACCAGUAAGGUACAUCCGGACAGUGCUCCGUUCAGACCUGGGCUGCACCUGCUCUCAUCCUGGCUUCGCAGGUGCUUAGAAGAACACGUGGUAGAGUUUUUCAUCAAACAAAUGGAACGUGUCGCAGAACUUUGCUAAGAUGGAUGACUCAACACACAAAGACCAACACCCUGGCAAAAAACAUUCCAGCAAGGCCAACAAAGUACAGAAAGGUUUUACUGCUGCACAUCCAGCACAAUCCUCCUCCAUUCCUUUUAAGAACCAGACUUCAACAAUUCCAGAAUCAGAAAAAAAGGGAUUCAAUAGUCAAGCCAAAAGAUUUUAUUAUAAAAAGGAUAAUAUCCCGGGUCCUGGCUUCUACGAUGUCAUUCACCAAUCUCCGGUGUUCAACAGUGUCUCGCUGUCUAAGAAAGGGACGUGCACUUUUCCCUCUAUGCGUGCCCGACUGGACACCAUCAUUUCUAAAUACCCUGCAGCUAACGCGUACACUAUCCCAUCACAUUUUGUUUCGAAGAAAGACUUCAGUAAUUCCUGUUCCAGCAUGUUUCAGUUGCCAAGUUUUGCGAAAGCCCUCAAAUCUGAAACUCCUGCACCAAACCAUUACAAUGCCUCUGUCUCUUGCUGCAAGCAAAGAAACAACGUCUGUGCCCGAGCCGGGUUUAUGUCCAAAACCCAGAGAGGAUUUUUCACUAUCACUGACACAGGACCUGCCCCAGGGCAUUAUAAUAUCAACGAAUCCCUCGUGAAGCAGUCGCCAAAGGUAUUGACGUCUUGUUUUAAAUCAAAAACUGGACGUGGAUUAAAACUGACAUCAACGGGCCCGGGACCUGCUUAUUACAACCCCAAUGACCACAUCAAAAUUCUGAAAAAGGCUCUUUUCCCGUUCGAAGGCUCACAGGGCUUACUUAUUCCUCAGAUGGUUCUAGAACUUCUGGAACUAACUGCCAGGUCAGUCUGCCUGUCGCCAUCUGAGGCCUCACCCGGGUAUAGUCCUCUGCAGGCAGGAUUGGCCACUGGGCGGGCUGGCCUGCAGAAGACCCCUCCAAAGAGGUCAGGCAGGUGGUCAGGCUCAUACCCACAGUGGGUCAGACGUCCAGGCAACCCGGGAGACUGACAACAUUGGGCAUAUACUCUGACCAUCAGUCCAGGACAAGGAGAUGGGGUGGGGGGAGAGGAGCAGGAGAUGAACCUUCCGUGCCAGACUUAGGAUCUGGAGGAGGGAUCCAGACCUCAGGUGGAAUCCACUGGAGAAGUCCCUUCUGCCCUUCGGUUCUUGGGUUCUGCAGGUUGACCCUUCACAGGCUCCAGGGCUCAAAACCGGGGCAGGAUAGUCUCCAGGAACACGCUCUCUCUGAACACCAGGGACUUACCGCCUCCGGGCUGGCUCAGGGCACCCCUGCACACCUUCCCUUACUGUCCCGACGAAGAGAGUGGGUAAGAGGACAGGCUUCGGAGUCAGCAGACCUGGGCGUGAGUCACGGCUCUGUCCCUUUCUUCUCUCCGAGCCUGUCUCCCUGUUAUGAAGCGGGGAUAAGAGUCUCGUCUCGUAGGGCUUCUGUGAGGGUUAGACGAGAAAUGUUAUCGUUAGAGCUGCUGCUGUUCCGUAUCCCACAGGCAUAUGAGCGUACAGGGGACGGCUGUUGCUUGGCGCGAGCCGCUCAGGCUCCUAGCUCGAAUCUGGAAGCUUCUUUGAGGAAAUGGUGAGAAGGAGAGUGGAGAAUACUCAGCGUUGAACCGCUUGCCCCAGAGAAGUGCCGUGUGGCCUUUGCUGAAGUUUGAACGAGCGGUUCGGGAUAAUUCCCAUCUCACGGCAUUUGUGUCUGUUAGUCAACAGGCCCUGUAGGUUUCUGGGUCUGUGCCGGAGGCCGUGGGGGUGCUCGGGUGAACAGGGCACUGUACACGCCUUUAGCUAGGCUCACCUGGGAACAACUCCAGAGCAAGGCAGAGGAGGGGUAGCAGAAUGCUAGAGCAUAUGGCCCCAAGGUUGUGUGGCCACACAGAUCCCGAGAGCAGUCUUUCCAGCAGGUGCAGUGCGGCGGUGCUGGUGUGUCUGGGGGUGUCUGGGGAAUCACUGGCUCUCUGUGGGGCUUUGCGAGUGACAGAUCUUUGGUUAAUAAGUCUAGGAAGCCCUGCAUAUGAGCCCUGUACCUCUGGGAGCAUCACUGUGUGCAUGGCCUGAUUAAAGGCUCUGAGAUGUCCCGACGUAAAACAAAAACAACAACAACAACACCCCAAAACCCUACUAAACCCAGUGUCUCUUAAACUUGGGUUCACCCUGGUGAGUAGAUAGACCCCCCACUUGGGUUCACCCUGGUGAGUGGAUGGUGCCCUGGCCAGGACAUUUGGUUAACAGCCCCUAUGGUCUAGGUGGCUCUCGGCACCUCCCUCGGCCUUCGUUUCAUCAUGUGGGAAAAGGGGGUAUGUCUCUUCGUUUCCAACACUCCACGACUCUGUGUUUGCUCACCAUGGCAUUCAGGAGAGCAUAUUGGGGGCAGUGAAUGUAGAACCAGCCUGGACUCCCAAAGGAGGCCCAAAAUAUAUAAACAUUAAAAAAUGAAAUUUUUUAAUGUUUGUUUAUUUUUGAGAGAGAGAGAGAGACAGAGAGAGAGAG